GUACUGCAACUUUAAAUUUAACAUAACACUUUCACACUGACACACACACACUCAAACACAAUACACAAAGCAAUAUAAAAGACUUGAAAAGUAAUCAAAAAAGAGCAACAAACCACAGCAGCGACAACAAGCAAAUGAAGCAUUUACAUUUAAAUAAAAGAGAGUCUAUUCGUUUUUUAAUUUGCUAACUACAUAAAAUGCAAACAGCAUUAACAAAAUCAACAACGAACUGAGUUUAUAAAACGCACGUGCUCUAAGUGCUUUCCAAACUGUCUCAUUGAAUGGAAAAGAGAAACAGGAGCAGAGGCAGCGCAGCAGCAGCAACAGAGCAGCGGUAGCAGCAUACAGCGAAAAUGUUGCGGCCACACAUAAGAGCAGGAAACAUAAUCCAAGCCGAGAUCAAAGAAAACAAAAAGAGCAACAAAGCUCUGAGCAUACGUCACAGCAAAGAGAGCAAAGAUUUGCAAAGAGAGAGAAGAGAUCGACAAACUUUUACAAACACUUUCUUCUGUUUAUUCCACACACAGGUUUUAUUUUCCUCUUGUUGGUGUCUCUGUGUGUGUGUGUUUUUUUUUAUUGUUUUGCUUGUUUGAGUGACUGUUGUGCGUAGUGCCAGCGAAACUAAUUAAACAAAUAUUUGUAUUAAGCGCGCGUUAUGGCCCAACAGCAACAACAACAACACCAGCAGCAACAACAUCACCAGCAAGAACAGCAGCUGCAACAGCAACAACAACUACUCCAGUACAAUAACAAUUUGUACAGCCUGAACUAUAACAUGGAGGAUCCCGAGCGUCGAAAAAGGCGGGAAAGGGAAAAAUAUGAACGACAACAGGGUAUACAGAGUGAUGAUCGGGAGACUAGUCUAUUUGGGGAGCCGCGUCGUUUGACUCCCGGCGAGGAGGAUGCGGAAAUAACGGCGGCCCUUGGUGAGUUCAUUGAAGCCCGGGAUCACAUGAAUUCUUCCACGGUGGGAAUCUAUCGCCAGCAGCCUAGUGCCUCAAAUGCUCGACUGCAGGCGCCUCCAAAGGGGUUUGGUGUAGGCGUCGGUGUCGGCGUCGGCGUCAAUAACUCCACCACCUCCCCCGCCUCUGUCUCCGUCUCUGCCUCAUCAUUAUCAUCAACAUCAGUCUCCUCAUCCGCCUCGGUGCCUGGCCAGCUGCCAACGUCACAGCAACAGCAGCAACAACAACAACACUAUCAACAACAACAGAGGGCGCCCACCUAUCUAAAGCAAGCGGACAAUAAACCUCCCUAUAAUGGACGUGGCGGAUAUCCUGGCCAGCCCAUGAAGAAUGACAUACCCUCGAGUAGUGGCAUGGCCCCGCCUCGUGGUCCGCCCAGAUCCACAUCCUCGUCGUCGUCAUCAUCUUCCAGCAACAACAACAACAACUCGUCCAGCGCCACAAACAAUGCCACAGCGUCAACGACGUCAUCAUUAUCACCCCUCGGUCCGCCCAUCUCCACGCAGAUGCCCAAUGGCCGCGAGAAAUCCUAUCUGGGGCCUCCGGCGCCGGCGCUGGCCAACGGCGGACGUUUCGUGCCGCCCGCGGCAAGCGGUAAGCGGACCAGCAGCAACAGCUCAGGACUGCAUCCACCGCCGCCAGAGGUAAGUUCCGUUUUUGGACUUGAAUUCAAUUCGAAUAUAAAGAAAACUAAAUUAAGAUUGUCACAUAGUGCAAAUUUCCUUGCCGCCGUGGCGCCCAUUCAACAGUUGUCGCCGACGCCGCCAAAAGCAUCGCCAACGGCGCUAACAGCGAUAAAACCGUUGAAAACAGAGAAAAGCUACACGCUGGAAAAGCAGGAUUCGUGUCUCGAAAACGAUCUGGAACUCUCUGAUUCGGAUGAUGAGCGCAAAAAGGAUGGUCGAUCGGCGGGGAACAGUAGCAACAGCUCCGAAUCCGAUUCCAGUGAAUCUGGCAGCGAGGCGAGCAGCAAAGGAGACUUGCAACAGCAACAGCAACAGCAGCAACAGGCGCAGCAGCAGCAAGAGCUGUUGCAACAAAAACUGCAACAUCAACAACAACAGUUGCUGCUGCAACAACAACAACAACAACGACAACUGGCAUCAAGUGCAAAUGGCAGCAAGAAAAAGUACAGUCAAACAAUCAUUGCCAGUGGCCCAAAUACCAUAAGUGGUUUAUUGACCUCCAGUGGUUUGGGUGGUGCCUCAACUGCUGCCGUUAACGCUGCCGGCAAUGCGAUUAUUGGUGGAGCAGGAGGAGGAGGAGGAGGAGGUGGAGGUGGAGGUGGUGGUUGUGGUUCAAGCAGUUCUGGCAUUGGCACAAUGAGCAGCUCCAGUUCAUCAAAUAAAACUCCAUCGCCGACUGACAGCAAUCGCUGGACAUUGAGUCGCUUCUUUCCCAAGCCGGCAAAUCAAACGACAACGGAGAGUGUCUCGCCGGGCGUGGCCAAUGCCAUGGGCAAUGUGAGCAUGAAGGUGCCUGGAAUAUUGCCAGGAGGAGCACAAAUCAUACCCGAGUCCAUAGAGGUAACCACAGCCAUUGUUAAAAACGAGAAAAUGCACGACGAUGUGCGACAACUGGACGACGAGGAUGAUGAGGAUAACAUUGAGCAGCAACAAGUGCAACAACAACAACAACGCUAUGGUGUUGGCCUCAGUGUCACGGUGAAAAAAGAAGCCUUGGAACAGGAUCAACAAUUGGGCGCCGCCCUGUCAAAAAACCAAAUCAAACGCGAGUCACGUCUAUCGGAUACGGGCAGCAGCGGCAGCAUCAGCAACAGCGGCAGCAUCAGCAACAGCGGCGGCAGCAGCAGCAGCGACAGCGCCGGCGGCAGCAGCGAAGUGUUGCCACUGCCAGGACCAGGAGAAACGCUGCAAUUGCCAGGUGUGCCCGCAGCAAUCACAAGUGUAAUGCGUGUGCCGCCAACAACACAACACAAAGUGCCGCCCAAUAGUGUGACCCUGACACCAAUUGGUCCAUUGCCGGCGUCGCCGAAGCAGCGACAGAAGCGUUCACGCAAAAAGAAAGUAUCGGCGGCAAUGGCGCCAGCAUUGGACUCGAGCGAUGAGGACGAGCCCGCGAGCAACAUCAGCAAAAAGCAUGCUCUCGAUUUGUCAGCAGCAGCAACAGUUGCUGCGACAGCACUGCCUGUUGCUGCUGCGGCGGCUUCGCUGCCUGCCAUCAAAAAGGGGCGUGGCAGGCCGAGAAAACAAGCACAGCAGCAACAAAGCGGCAACUUGAGCAGCGCCUCCGCCAGCAGCUCACAGGCAAAGGGACCAACGUUGACGGCGGCCAAAAAGCCGUUGGCCAAGUCAACAACAACAAACACAACAGCGGCGGCAACAACACCAACAACAGUCGCUGCCGUGAGUCGCAAGCGUGAGCAUUCGAGUCACAGCAGCAGCAAUGGCAACACGCCCACCAAAAAGUCGCAUGCAGCAACAACAGCAGUUGCAGCAGCAACAACAUUACUGCCGCCGCCUGUCUCAGCAAUAGAGAGCAGCGAUGAUGACAGCAGUAGCAGCAGUUGUAGCAGCACGAAGUCUAGCAACAGCAGCAGCGGCAGCGAUACAGAAACAGCAGCAACAGCUGCAACAACAUCAACAGCAGUGGCAACUGUAGCUGCUGCAACAGCCACACAUAAUAAUCCUGCCAAGAAACGUAUUGUCAAGAUCAAUAAACUCGGCAGCAGCAACAGCAACAGUAGCAAGGCCAAGCAACGCUACAGUGCCGCCAGCAGCAGCAACAGCAGCAGCAGCAGCGAAACAGAGGAGCAACAGCAGCAGCAGCAACAGCAGAAACAACAGCAGCAAUUAUUGCUGCUACAACAACAGCAGCAGCAGCAGCAGCAACAACAACAACAACAACAACAACUGCAGCAAAAGCAGCAAGCAUUUGCAUUGCAGCCACACAAGCAAACGAACGCACAGCAACAACAUGCACUACAACAACCACUGCAUCAACCGCAACAACCACAGCAACUUAACAACAACAACAACAGCAACAGUCAGCGUUUGAGCAGCAGCGAUUGCAGCAGUUCAGCGAGCAGCGGCAGCAGCAGCAACAGCAGCAGCAGCGGCAGCAGCAGCGACGAAGAUGAUCCACAUCGUGGCAGUGGCAAGCGUAAAAGUGAUAAGAAGAAGAUAUGCACAUUGACGCGCAUCUUUAAUCCCAAAGAAGGUGGUGCCAAAAAGCAAGGACAAGUUGUUAUAAUCGAUCAAUCCGAGGAACAACAACAGCAACAGCUGCAACAACAACAGCAACAGCAGCUGCAGCAGCAACAACAACAGCAGCCGGCGGCAAAGGCGCGUGCCACGCCCAUACAGGUAUUGGGCGCCAAUUUGGCAUCCCCGGCGCGUACAACAACCCCGCAUCUCACCUCCCUCAUUUGCAAAAUAUCGCUAACAAAAUUGGCGCGUGUGUUGCCCGAAUGGUAUAAAAAUAGUUAUCGAUUUCAUGCAACAACAACAGCAGCAGCAGCCACAGAGCAACAGCACCAACAACUGCAGGAGCGAAAGACACUACAGAAUGGACAUUUGAGCAGUCGAUCCGCGGAAGGAGCACGCACUCCAAAGGAUCUACAAGCUUAUACACCAAAUGGUUAUGUUGCUGCUGUCGGCGCAAACCAAUUGCUUGUUGCUGGCGUUAAAUUUGAACAUGGCGUUAAACCGGAGCCGGAGCUGGAUGCCGGCUACGAGUCCAAAUAUAAACCGACCAACAACAACAACAAUAACAGCAGCAAUAGCAACAACAACAACAAUAGUGUUAAACAUGAAUUUAUGCUGAAACAAGAGUUGCCAGCAACGGGAAGAAGACGUAAACGCAGCUCCAGCUCCAGUUCAAGUCCGUACAAAGAGAAGAAACGAAAAAAGGAGAAAGCCGAUCAGCAUAGCAAGGAGCUGUUGCCGGUGCCAGUGUUGUUGCCCGCCAACAAUCACGAGCGAUUAUCCCGCGACAAGCUCGAGUUGUUGCAACAGGAGACGUCAAAUGCCAACGGCAGCCCCAACAAGUUGUCACGACAACAGCAGCAACAACAACAACAACAACAGCAGCAGCAGCAAUCACAACAGCAACAACAGUUGCAGCCGCAGCAACAAGCGUCACAUCCCACAGCCGCUGCAACCGUUGCUGCUAUGCAAACGACUGCGCUGCCCGCACAACUGCCAAUCACCUGCAGCGAAGCGGUGCAAACGACACCACCACCUGCCGCACCACCGCCAGUGCCACGCCUCAUUUAUCGCUCCCACUUUGACAACCAGGAGGAGGAGCACACCAACAAUGACUUCGGGAAAACCGAUCUUUUGCUGCAGGAGGCAAUUAAAAAAAAGCGUGCGGCGGACUCGGAACGUGAUUCCUUCAAACAGAUGACGCUGUAUCUGGAGGCAAUUGUUUACUUUCUGUUAACUGCCGAUGCCAUGGAACGCUGCAACAGUGAGGCCACCUGGACCAUGUACAAGGAUACACUAUCGUUAAUUAAAUACAUUUCCUCAAAGAAUCGACCCUAUCAGCAAGCAACAAAUGGCAAACACGAAUCGCACAAUAUUGUGGGCAUACUCAGUUUGCGGUGCCAAUCGUUGAUAUCCCUUAAGCUUUACAAACUGCGACGUGCCAAUUGUCGCGCCAUCAUUGCCAGUUGCUCGGAAUUCUUUCGAUCUGGCAGGGGGGACAUUUUAAAUGGCAAUACGCCAUCCUCCAUAUCACCAUCGAACUCAGUGGGCUCACAGGGCUCCGGUUCGAAUACGCCACCUGGCAAAAUAGUGCCUCAAGAUAUACACAAUCAGCUGUGCAAGCAGAAUGAGUAUCUCACCUAUGUGAACAGCUCUCAUGAGCUGUGGGAUCAAGCCGACCGAUUGGUGCGCUCCGGCAAUCAUAUAGACUUUAUUCGCAAAUUGGAUCAUGAGAAUGGACCACUGACGCUGCAUAGCACCAUGCAUGAGGUGUUCCGAUAUGUGCAGGCGGGUCUCAAGACCCUACGCGAUGCUGUCUCCUAUCCACAAUCACAGUAGCUAUACCUAGAACAACGAGUUCAACAACUGAAACAACAACAACAACAAAAACAACAUCAUCAGCAUCACCACCAAACGUGUCUAAAUGAAAGUCAGGCCAAAUUAGCAACUAUUAUUAUAAAUAUUACGAGAAGUUUAGUUGUUUAGUUUAGAAAAACCUUCCACAAGAGCAGCAUCAACAGCAUCAACCGCAACAACAACAACAAUGUUUGUUUUUAAUUAACUGCUUAGCUAUUUUUUAUUAUUAAUUUUAUUAUUAUUAUUAAUAUAAACAUAUAUAAACAUGAUGCACACCAUUUACUUAUUUUCCUUAUGCUCAAUUGUCAAUUGGUUACUUUAUUUGCGUAGGCAAUUUAAGCUUUAUAUUUAUGCCUAGUUUUAAUUGAUAUUAAAUACACAUAUUUUUUAUCUAUAUGUUUGCUAGAUUGUAAGUAAAUAAUCCCCCUCUACCUGCCGCCCCUUACAAUUUUAGUUGAAUUUUGUUUUUGUUUAUAUUACACAAAAGAAUAAUGGCUUUUUAAUGUUUAAGUUAGUUAAAUCUCUUUUUUAUCGUUUUGCACAUUUAUCAUAUUCUCGCUGGCCAAAUUGUUAAUGCGCCUCAAAAACAGAAAACAAAAGAAAAAACCAUAAAUUUUGCAUGUACAUAUAUAAGGAGAAAAAAAAACAAAGAAAUACAAACUCUAAUACAUUUAUAGUGAGUAUAAAGUAA